AUGCCGCGGCCCCAGAUUUUUCCAAGACUAGACGAUCUUUCCCGGCGCUCGUCAGUCUCACGAGUGGUCAGUCAUGGACUCUCCCAAGACCCAUACGAAACUGACAGGGGACAGAACGCUUUUAUUCCUGACUCAGCCUGGCGCAGUGCUCUACUUUCGCCACGCAGAACUUCAUUCGCAGAUCAAGGACUGUUCGAUCGCUUGCCAGUCGAGCUUCACGUCGAAAUAUUCAGUCACUGCUUAUCACCAUUCCCAAUCCUCAGUGUCAAAGAAGCCCCAUUCCUAAUUGCACUGGUUUGCAAAGCAUGGAAAGAGCUGGUGUACAACACUCCGCGACUUUGGUCGUCCUUCGAGAUCGAGAUUCGGGGCUCACCAAGCGGCACUUUAGCGGACUCGGAUUUGCGCCUCAGCAGGCUUAUGAAGAUCUGGCUGCAACGUUCCGGCAGCAAAUAUCCUCUCUCCGUUCGUGUGGUACACGACCCUCUGGGCCGUGUAGACGAUGUCCGUUCCGCACCACUGUUGCUUGAUAUAAUCAAGCACGCCCGACGAUGGCGACAUGUCGAGUUUGUGGUUCCAAGCGCGAGUCUAGCCGUUCUCCAAAAUACCCUCCCAGAAGACUUUCCUACUCUGCGUUCAUUGACCAUUCAAAUGAAGGGACUGUGGAAUUCCUCUGCCGGGCUUGACAUCCGAACAGCCGGAAUCCCCUGGGCACAGCUCACAGCACUCGAUUUACAGGUCGAGAGCCACGUAUUAACUCUGGAUGAAUGCUUAGAGCUCCUCACUAAAGCAGUGAACCUCACAUCUUGCACGUUGAAUGCAGAAUGUGUGCUCAGUUCACAAGCGCCAGAUUGCCAGUCGUUGCAAUUGCCAAGUUUAACAAGCCUCCAUCUGAUCCUCCAAGGGGGAACGUCAGCCCUAGCCGAGGAACCAGAGGCGUCUCUAACAUCCUUCUUGAACUAUUUUACGGGCAUGGAAUUAGAAUCAUUUCAUGUCGAGUGGCUCGUCCGGUCUAGAAGUUGGUCGGGGACGCACCCAGCCUUCGUCUCCUUCCUUCAGGGAUUAUCACCUUCGCUGCGAAGUCUAAGCUUCGCAUAUCUCCCACUUGAGGAAGCAGAGUUGAUGGAGUGCUUAGCGCAGCUGCCUUACCUUACCGGAAUGGACUUGCGCUUUUCAUUGGGAGAUCGAGUGAACGAUCCUAUCACUGAUGGGUUAUUGCAGCACUAUACACUGCCAAGUUCGAUCACCUCUCUCUCUCCCUCCUCACUCCCAAGUUUCCAUCCAUCUCUCUCCCUCCCUUCGCUGUUUUCAUCUUUGGAUAAGAAGAAAAAACAUCCUAGAGCCGACUCCCCCAUUUUAGGACCUCCGUUAAUCCUUCCGGCCUUGGAGAGGCUGUAUCUGCAAUGCAAUGGAGAAUCAUGCACCAACACAGCACUCCUUGCAUUAAUACAGUCUCGAUGGAACCCCAAUGCCCGCAAAGACCUCUCUUUGGCAAUGUCAUUGAAGUAUGUCCACUUUGUUUCAAUGAAGCCUGCCGACUGGGACGUCCAAAUGCAGGUGAAACAGUGGAAGGAGGAAGAACGGACAGGAAAACCAAACGGGAAUGCAAAUAUGUUAUUCAGGACUGGAUUGUUCAAGGGCUUCACGGCAGAUCCAUAUUCCUCAUCGGCAGAGGUCGGCGAUGCGACGCUCAGGCUGAACGGGAUCAACCAACGGGGUUUCCUUACUCGUGAAGGCGUUGGAAGUUACCAAGCAGCAGCUGCUUUGCAAAAACUUGCCGUAAAUUGGACGUCGGCCCAGAACAUCGUCUAG